GCGCCACUGGGGGGCGCUAUAGUCAUGGAAAACAGCUUGAGCUGAAAGUGUAGUUUGUACAGGUGUUCAUACGUGGUCACAAACACACAAACGGGUGGAAGUAAGGUGGGGAACCGAGGAUGACCAGGAGAACACUUUAAAAUAUACUUUUCAAAGGCAGAGGAGAGCCAUGAAGAGGACCAAACAGAUCGACAUCAGUCAGGCCCUGGCCCUCUCCGGCACCUUCAGCUUCCUGUGCUCCUGCUCCAAAGCCAGCCUGCUCCCCUUCCUCACCCUCUACUUUCGCCAUCUGGGCCUGUCCCCUGCCAUGACGGGCGUCGUCAUGGGAACCCAACACUGCAUAACGCUGGUGUGGAGCCCUCUGUCCGCUCUGCUCUGCAGGCACUACAACAAGAGGCGGGUGGUGAUCAGCUGCUCCCUGGUGCUCUCCGCUCUCAUUGCUCUUCUGCUGUUAUUGGUCCCGCCCACAGAUGUGUCGGGCUCACGGUUCUGCAACGCCUCCAACCUGAGGGUGGAGCCAAAUGACAGCCUGGCUGAGGAGCUGCAAGUGACCAGGGCUGGACCUCAGUCAUGGACCACAGUGCAUCUAAAGGCUCCUGUCAGCUGGACAAACACGUCUGUGACGAGGAGCGAAGCUUUACCUCGCCAGAACGCCACAAAAGAGCCGCAGGCUCAGCCGUCUGCACAAAACACACCAGUGCUGCUCAGUAGUGUCACAAACCCAACCAGGAAUUCCUCUGCUCUGCAUUCUAGCAUCAACUCAUCUGCAGAGCCGCUGAGACUGAAGAGGUCAGAGUUCAUUUCCAGCAAACCCGAAGAGAAAAAACGGGUCAGUUUGGAUUUUCUGUCCAGCCUGAAAGAAAUGGAUGUUCAGACCCAGCUCUUCUUCCUCCUCCUCUUCAUCGUGUCCGCAUGGGAGUUUGUGGCGGCUCCCCUGGAAUGGGUGGUGGACGACGGGCUCUUCGAGUAUUUAGACUUUGCAGACAUGUCGGACCGUCACAGCAGCAGGGAGCUGUGGGCUCUUCUCGGGGGGGCCUUCGGGGUGGGUGUGAGCGGUUUGCUGGUCAGCCAGCUGAGCUGCGUCCUCGCUGCUGAAACCCCCCGGAGCGCGGUGCAUUUCUACACCUACGCCGGCCUGGCGGUUGUGGCCCUACCCGCCGCCGUCUACCACCCUCUCUAUCUGAACAGAAAACGGCAGCGAGCCGGGGGGCUCCUGAAGGCCGUGCAGCUGGUGCAGGGCUCCCCCCGCGCUCUGCUUUGCGCCCUCACAGUCUUCCUGGUGGGGGCAGCCGGCUCGGCGGUGGACAACUUCCUCCUUUGGCAGAUGCAGGAUCACUGCAGCAGCGAGCUGCACAUGGGGCUCUCUCUGUCCCUCGCUCUGCUCUCACAGGCAGCCUUCCCCCUCCUGGCUGGCUGGGCUUUAAAGCUCCUCAGUCCUGGGAGGAUUCUUGUUGUGGGGGCCGCCAGCCUGGGGUUACAGUGCUUCUACUAUUCUUUCCUCUGGGGGGCCUGGGCGGCUCUACCUGCACAAGUGCUCAGCUGUUUCAGCAAGGGCGCCCUCUGGUGGGCUGUGAGGGUCCACUGCGGGGACCUGGCCGUGCCGGGGGCAGAGAGGAGUGUGAGGAGGGUCUACAUGUCCUUGGCUCUGCCUUUGGGAAGCGGGGUGGGGAGUUUUGCUGGGGGGUUUGUGGCACAGAGGUUUGGGCUGACGUGGCUGUUCAGAAGCGUGGCGGUGGGCUUGAUGGCGUGGUGCACAUGUCUGCCUCUGCUUCAGUGGAGAGCUCCUCAGCAGCGCAGGAUCAACUACUCGCGCCUGCUGGCGGCAGACGGGAGCGACGCCACCGACUCCGAAUCUGAGCAGGAGAGAGACUGGCUGGAUAAAGCAAUGGAGGAGGACAGGAGUAACAACAACAGCAGGAGAACCAGCCAUUAAAAGUGAUGCAUAAACAGACUUUGACCUCAAUAUUGGAUAAUAAAAGGGUUUCCCGCAUGGAAGUGCAUACAUUCCCAUCAGAUUAGAAGAAUUUAAAGCAGAGACACAUUUCUGCCCUGAAAGUGCAAAUGGGCAUUUAAGCCUCCUCAGAAUAUUUGCAGCCACCGUUUUAAUGUAAACAUCUUUGGGGUGUGGAGACCAAAUGUGCUUUCCACGAUCAGCAGCUGCAGCAUCAAGACAGUAAAGACAUUAAAGCCUCCUGAAAGGCUCUGCAAACAGCAGACGUGUGCAGAAAGUCUGGUUGGACUGGCUUGUCAUUGGGCUGCUCCACGCCCUAAGGUGCUGCUUAUCUCCUGCAGAAAUCCUCUAAAGCAUUGCUGUCUUUGGACACUAAACUGUGAAAUGAAAAGGAUUAAAGAAUCUGGUAAACACCCA